AAUAUUUGGUUGGUUUCCCAGGGCCGUUUCAUCGUCUCCUUUUUCGAAUCAACUUACUUAGAGGCUCAAAUUCUCUUCUCUGCUCUCUUUUACAAGCAGGUUUUCAGAUGAGUUUUUGUUGUUUUGCGAUUGGGGUUUAGGGGGUUUUGAUUAGCAUUUCAUGCUUACAGGGCUUGUGAUGGGUAUAAAAGUUUCGUUAGGAGUCCACAACUAGCACUCCUUAGAUUUUUGGUCCGAGGCCAAAAAGAGGGGUCGCCUGAUCAAAUGGGUUUGGAGCGUGUAAUGUGAUAAGGGGAUUGAAAGUGAGCAGAGUGGUUGUUGAUAGGCUUAGCAAUGGAGGCGGUUGCAGUGAGGCGCAUAGGCAAUGGGUUCAUCCCCGCUGCAAAUGGGCCUUCAACGGGGAAAAAUGGAAACUUUGGGGCAGCCAGUAAGGUGUCCUUCAGAUUGAGUACUGGUUUUUCCAGGCAAAAAUCUGAGGUUUUGAGUGUGGUGGGUAGACAUGAUAAGUCUGGGCUAGUGGGUUCUUCUGAGAGCAAGAAUCUGUUUGGUUCUUCAAGGCCCGAGAAUGGAAAGCUUUACAAGCGAAGAAGAUCAGAACUGCAAGUAUGCAGAGCCUCGGCCUCUGCGGCCAUUGAUUCAGUUGGGGGUGAUGGUUUUGCAGUUCCAGCCCCAAAGAAAUUCAUGGGUGUUGAGGUAAUCACAUUGAAGAAGGUCAUACCUCUCGGGCUCAUGUUUUUCUGUAUUCUUUUCAACUACACAAUCCUGAGAGAUACCAAGGAUGUGCUCGUGGUGACUGCCAACGGAAGCAGUGCUGAGAUCAUUCCUUUUCUGAAGACUUGGGUGAAUUUGCCAAUGGCCAUUGGGUUCAUGGUUGUGUACACAAAGCUCUCAAAUGUUUUGUCAAAGAAGGCUCUUUUCUAUGCAUGCAUAGUUCCUUUUAUUGCCUUCUUUGGGGCGUUCGCCUUCUUGCUGUACCCACUGAACAAUGUAAUCCAUCCUACAGCAUUGGCUGACAAACUGCUCCAGUUUCUGGGUCCUAGCUUUCUGGGGCCUAUUGCAAUUCUAAGGAUAUGGUCUUUCUGUUUGUUCUACGUUAUGGCAGAACUUUGGGGAAGUGUUGUGGUUUCGGUCCUCUUUUGGGGAUUUGCUAAUCAGAUUACAACCGUAGAUGAGGCAAAGCAGUUUUACCCUCUUUUUGGCCUGGGAGCCAACAUAGCUCUGAUUUUCUCAGGGCGAACUGUGAAGUACUUCUCCAAUCUUCGGAAGAAUCUGGGUCCUGGUGUGGAUGGUUGGGCAGUCUCCUUGAAGGGAAUGAUGAGUAUUGUGGUUGUUCUGGGGUUUACCAUUUGUGGAAUUUACUGGUGGGUAAAUAAAUAUGUAGUGAAUGAUCCUACACUUCCCAAGGCAGUAGCUCGUAAAAAGAAGGAAAAGCCAAAGAUGGGAAUGAUGGAAAGUUUCAAGUUCCUGCUAACUUCAAGAUAUGUGAGAGAUCUCGCCACUCUUGUGGUUGCAUAUGGUAUUAGCAUCAACCUUGUUGAAGUGACUUGGAAAUCAAAGCUGAAGGCCCAGUUUCCAAGUCCAAAUGAGUACUCUGCCUUCAUGGGAGAUUUUUCGACAUGCACAGGAAUCGCCACCUUCUCCAUGAUGUUGCUAAGCAGAGUUAUAUUCCGCAAGUAUGGGUGGGGAGUAGCAGCUACCAUUACACCAACUGUGCUGCUUGCCACAGGAGUAGCCUUCUUUGGUCUUAUACUCUGUGGGGAGCCACUUGCUCCUGUACUGGGUAAAUUUGGUUUGACACCUCUUUUGGCAGCAGUGUAUGUUGGGGCUCUCCAAAAUAUUUUCAGCAAGAGUGCGAAGUACAGUUUGUUUGAUCCUUGCAAAGAGAUGGCCUAUAUUCCUCUUGAUGAGGAUACCAAGAUAAAGGGCAAGGCUGCAAUAGAUGUUGUCUGCAAUCCCCUUGGAAAAUCUGGAGGUGCACUGAUUCAGCAAUUUCUGAUUUUAACCUUUGGUUCUCUUGCCAACUCUACUCCCUACCUUGGUGGCAUAUUGCUAGUCAUAGUGUUGGCAUGGUUAGCAGCUGCAAGAUCAUUGGACAGUCAGUUCACUCCAUUGGUGAAGAAAGAUCUCAAGAGUAAAUAUCUGGAGCGUAAGCUGUCCACAGUGACAUCCAAGUUGAAAGGUUCUCUGAAAGCAAAGCAAGAGGUGGCCUAUCGAUUUAUGAGCAGUCUCAACUCUAAGGGAUUCAUAGAGGGUAAAUACGUACCUGUAGUGGAUGGCAUUCCCAUUCUAAAGGAGGAGCAGGAGCAGGAGCAACAGCAAAAAGAGGAUGUUGUCGAAGAGGCGAAUUUAAAUCUGCAACCAAAACCAACCCGAACAAUUCAAGAAGAGGAAACCCUAGACAAAUCAGAAUCCCAAGUAAAAGCAACAUCAUCUACAUCUGAAACUGAUUCCAAUGGGUAUGCAAUUAAAGAUUCUGAGACAUUGGAAUCUGAUUCUACCACACCAAUUGCCUAAGAUUGGCGAUUGACUGUACCAAACAAGAACCUGUACUUGAAGCUCUGGUUAGGUGGAGAUUUACGGCAGAUGAUGAUGAUAAAGAAAUGGGCAGCUGGCUUACAGUCCCAUUGAUGGUUUUAGUAGGGGAAUAAAGAGGAGAAAAUGAAGAACGGAGUUUAUUAAGUUUCUAGAUAACUGAUUUAUUUCUUUUGGGUUAAAUUAUAAUUUAAUAAGCAUGUGUUUUCAAGAACUUAGAUGCGAAUGAGCAAAUGUGAAGCAAAUCCUAAAUUGAGGGUGUAAAAUUGCAGUGUCGUAGAAGGAAAUUUACUUCUUGAAGUGGGAAAAAUCUUGUUGUAGCUCCAGGGUUUCUCAUCUGUUUAAUAGAGGUCACAAUCCUAGAACUUUUUAUAAA